AUGACCACCUUCCAGAAGGUCACACUUAUUGGCAAAGGCCUAUUCGGUUCUGUCGUCCUUUCUGAACUUGCGAGCGCAGGAUUCGAAGUGACCCUCCUCAGCCGCUCGGAAAAGCCCGAUGAAGUCCUCCCACACGGCGUUCGCCGUGUCGUUGCAGACUACAGCGAUGCAGACAGCUUGGCCAAGGUCUUGAGCGGUCAGGAUGCCGUCGUCUCCACGGUCGCCGCCGAGGCAGCUCUUAGCCAGAAGUUGAUCAUCGACGCUGCAAUUCAGGCCCGUGUCAAACGUUUUAUCCCUUCUGACUUUGGCAGCCUUACGACGAAUCCUGCUGCAAGUCACUUCCCCCACCACGUCAACUUCGUCGAGAUCCAGAAAUACCUGAAGUCCAAAUCGGAUGAGAUUGAGUACACUAUUUUCAGCAUCGGUGCCUUCACCGAAUUUCUCGUCAAUUACGGCGCGGUCUUUGACUGGCCGGGCAAGACAGCUGAGGUCUGGGGAGACGGAACAAGCCCUAUCAGCACUACGAGCCUAGGCGGCGCGGCACGAGCUAUUGUCGGCGCCCUCAAGAACCCGGAACCGACCAAGAACAAGAACCUCUUUAUUCAUGAGCACGUCAUCACACAGGCACAGCUACUGAGCCUCGCAAAGAAGUACUCGCCGGGGGUUGAAUGGACCAUCACCACUGUUGAGGACCCUGAGGCUGAAUUCGACAGGCUUGCAGCUCUUGCCAACAAGCAGCCCGAACUUCCAACCAUCCUUGCCCUUAUCAAAGCCACCCUCGUGAGUGGCAAGUACCAGGCCUGGUACAAGAACGUGGACAACGACCUGGUUGGUGUGCCGGUGCUGACUGAGGAGGAUCUGGAGGCUACAUUCGCCAAGGCAUAUGGCUCCUGA